AUGUCAUAUGGACCAUUGAGUGUAUGGUCGAACGUAAAAAAUGCUCAACGACGAGGACUAUCUGGUAGCGGUGGCGGCGGUAGUAAUAUACGACCGCCAACGGAAUUCGUAAACACUUCAUUGAGGAAUGAUCGUUCUGAAGCAAGAUCACCGUUCAGUUCGAAUCAGCCCGGUGGGCGCUAUCAGCAACAGCGACAAGCGAUCAGCAAUACCACUGUUAGCUUCGGUGAUAUGUUGUUGGAUUUGUUCGGUGCGAAAUUGAGUGCACCAACGAAAGAAUACUAUAGUCGGAGAUAUGAAGGUAAUCGUUAUCAGCGUAGAGGAUCCGCGUCAGUAUUUUGCGAGAGUUGUCAUCAUGAGGGUCACUUCACGAAGAAUUGUCCAUUGAACGUGGAACGUAGUCGAAGACGUCGCGAUGCUGGAGAUUUUAUACACUCUUCCUCACCACUAGUGGACGAUCGA